CGUAAUUGGUGCCAAUAUUUUUUCAACUCUGUGAAAUUGCAAAAUUAGGGUUUUCUCUUGGUUCAAUUAUACGGAGCUUACGGUGAAUUUUUGCAAACCCUAAGCCCUGAAUUUCAAUUAUUUUGAUUCAGGAGAAUCUUCAAUUGGAAAACAGACGAGCUUCGUUCUUCAAUUGGAUUGGAUAUCCAUCAGUUUGAUCGAGUAAGCUCUUUUUUCGUAGUUGGAGAUUUGAAUUCUCUAUGUACUGAUGGUAGAUUGUGAAAGGGAUCACGUAGUCAUUAACUUCAAAGAUCAAUGUGUUUCGUCAUUGAUAUUCAGAUGUAUUGAAAUUAUGAAGCUCAAAUUGUAAUGGAAUCAGCUUUUAAUUAAAAAAAUUUCUCUAUUGUAAGUUGAGGUCAGGUCAACUCAGCUUAUUUCUCCAACAGAAAGAGGUAAGUUGAGGAAAUAAUGCUCUACUUAUAUACUUGGUGCUGAUUGAUGGAUCCAGAUAGCAAGAAUUUUGGAAGAGGGCCAAGAGAACUCACAGGUGCUCGAGAUCUUAUUAGUCACUUCAAAUUGUUGCCUCAUUAUGAGUUCUUUGGUAAGAGGUCGCUUCCAUUAUCAAUUUCCGAUACACAUUAUCUUCAUAAUGUGGUUGGAGACACAGAAAUUAGGAAAGGUGAGAUGAUGCAGUUGGAUCAGCUCACGCAGGAUACUUCCUUUUCAAGAGAGACAAGUUCAUGUAUCCGUCCCUUUGACUUAGAUGUCCUCAGAGAAGCCUUCCAACUACGUGAAACGGCUCCAGUCAAUUUGUCUCCUUCUGACAAAGGCACCCCCACUAUAGCUGGAAAAUCUAAGAGCGAGAUGAAAGACAAGGAGAAGAAGGAGAAGAAGCAUAGAAAACACAAGGAUAAAGACAAGGAGAAGGACAAAGAGCAUAAGAAGCACAAACAUCGUCAUAAAGAUCGGAGUAAAGACAAGGACAAAGAGAAAAAGAAAGAUAAAAGUGGCCACAAUGAUCCUGGUGCUGAGCAUUCAAAGAAACAUGAAAAGAAAAGGAAGCAUGACGAGGAGGAUUUUAAUGGUGUCCACAAACACAAGAAAAGCAAGGAGCUCAAAGAUAGACGAGAUUGGUUCAAUAAAGGUAGCCGGCUGAAUUGUGCGUGUGGUUGUAUAAUUUAUGUUGUCCCAGAUUUUGCAGUUGAGAAUUUGGAGGGUUCCUUUAUUUAGAAUUGUGAAAUAUCAGAAGUUCAUGUCCUGAUCAGUUCAUUUAUUGAAGAACUUUAUGGCAUGCGCUGGUGUUGACAUCUGUAUCUUUAUUUGACUGAGACUGUUCCUUGACAUUACUGGUCAGAUGCAUCGAAAUUUUUUUGCGUAUUCACGAGUGCAAUUUGGUGGUUUUGAUUUAUAUAGUUCAAUUUUCCCCCUUUUCUAAAUAACCACCAUGAAAAAGUAGGCAUGCAUCUAGUCUGGCCUCUACAGUGAUAAAGGAGUCAUCUGCAUGUCUGACAAAAUGUUUUCCUGCCUGUUUCGGAUAUCAAAUCAAAAUUUUCUUCUCAUAAAAGUCCGGUGGAACUAUCUUAUACUCCUUUAUCCUUUUUUAUCUAUCAUUUAAAGUUUUGGCACACGCAUUGAGAAAACCAUUUGCUAUCAUUAACAGAAUGAUAAGGGGUAUUUGACUAAGUUACCCGUAGCUGUUUUGCAAAUGAUUAGCUAUUGACUAUAUCUGCCCUCUUAGAGUAGUAAGGCUGGAACUGGAAAAAGAAAUUAUCCCUUUGUUGGUUUCUGAAAUGAUAAAUACUUUAGAACAUUUUUUUUGAUUAAAGUGAUAGAUAAAAAAAUUCACAAUAGAACAAGGUACAAGAAAGCAUAUCUUGGAAAAUUUUUGAACAUUCAUGAAAAAGUUUGCUGUUAGAGAUUCAUUUUCAUCUUGCAAAGAGACGGCGGAAAAAUGUGUUAUGGGUGCAGCCUCAAACUCAUUAUGGUAAGGUGGAUAUGUGAUAUGGAAGUGUCUGAGAUGCACUAUCCUUGAGCAUAAAAGAUGUAAACUUUUGUCUAUGCUGUCCUGAAUGUGCUGGUGGAGAUAUAAGGUGAAACUGGUCAAGGCUAGUUGGAAAAGGAUGGAAGUUUCUAAACCAUACUGGAGUACUGCUUACAUCAAUAAAGAAAAGCAACAGAAGUAAUCAAAUGAUAUGUCUAACUCUAAGAAUAGCCUCAGGAUGGAUUUAGUUCAACGUACUCCCUUGUGUUAUAUUAAGGGCUCCCAUUAGUUGGCAAUGAUGGUGAGGAACUUGAUCCAUCUUCAGGUUUAGCAAGUUGCUGCAUGCUGUUGUAUGAUUCUAUGUUUCCCUCUUUUGAGGGCUCUAAUCCCAAAGGCUCAGUCUUAACCAUUUGGAGCUUUGGGUGAUAAAAUGAGAAGGUUGAGAUGAAUGUUGGUCUGCUCUUCUGUCAUUUGUCUUCUCUAUUGAGUUUGAAGGUUAACCUCUCAACAGCAUUAAGCAUCUGCAGAUAAUUUUAAAAAAAGGUGUCGCUAUAUGGUCAUUAAUGGAAUCACUCUUGUAUAUACUAGGAUAGAUAGAAUGAGAUACAUAACUCCUUUCUUGAUGAAAUCAAGUUUUAUUUUUGGCCAAUUUUAUCUGCAUUGGACUUGGCUAUGCUAAUUGUUAGAUGCUCCUAGUGAUCAACAUGUAAACAGUAAAUUUUUGGCUUUUCUAUUCGAAUCCUGGACUAAAUGGUAGUCCUACUGCAAUGUAUGAGAAGUUUGUAUAAAUAGGCAAUGGAGAUGAUUUGUACUCAA